AGCAAGCGUGGGACAGCUCUGCCUGGCCCAGCCAGGGCUCCGGGGCCAAGCAACACAGCCAGGGCGGGUGACCUCAGAGGAGGGGCCUAGGUCCUGGGAGACUCCAUGUCAGAUGGUGCUGCUGGGUAGAGGACGGCAUUCCUCUCUCAGGCCAGUGGGUUCUGCCUACCCAAACCACUCCACCCUCACCCAGGGCACCCCCUCAUCUCUCCUGGCUGACAAUGGCCCCUGGGUCACUGGUGACGUCAUUGUGGACAUUGUGACCCCUACCCCAGGGGACUUCCUGCAGGCUUGCUCUGACCCCGGCUUGCACCCCUGCCCUGCACGGAGCUACAGCCCUGUGGGUCAGGAGGGUGGGGUAGGUCUGCCUCCUGGACCUUGUGCCUUCUCCACAUCCACCUGGAUCCUGCCCACCCAAGGGCUGGCCCUGGUAAGGUAGUAGCUGUCCCCCUAAGGUAUGAUGGUCCAGGGCCCCUUAGUCAGGUCUGGGCUAGGCUGUGGUGAGACUCAAAGGGCUAGGUGACCUGACUGCUCAAGAGCUGCUGGAAUGGGUUGGCACAGGCUGAAGCACCUUACCCCAUGGUCCCUAGGCUGGACCCAUGAGAGACGGAUGGGCAGCAGGGGCGAGGAGCAGCUGAGCCAACUGAACACAGAUGCAGACCUCCUGGAUGGUACAGAUGCUACCAGGUCCCCAGCAACCCUCUUGAAAGAGUUCCUGCAAGACAGGGACAGGCACCUCCCCAGCAAUGGGCAGGGUCCCUUCUUCUACAUUGGCGGCAGCAACGGGGCCUCCAUCAUCAGCGCCUACUGCAGGAGCAAGGGCUGGCAGCGUACCCAAGAUAGCCGACGGGAGGACUACCGGCUGAAGUGGUGCGAGGUCAAGUGCAGGGACAACUAUUAUAGCUUCCGCGAAGGUCAGCAGCUGCUAUUCCAGCUCCCCAACAACAAGCUGCUCACCACCAAGAUCGGGCUGCUUAGUGCCCUGCGGGAAUAUGAGAGGACUCUAAGCAAGGGGCACCGGAUGCCACCGGGCUCGCAGACCAGGAUGCUAAAAAUGGAAGACUUCUUCCCUGAGACUUACCGCCUGGAUGUAAGUGAUGAGAGGCAGGCCUUCUUCACCCUGUUUGAUGAAACCCAGAUAUGGAUCUGCAAGCCCACAGCCUCCAACCAGGGCAAGGGCAUCUUUCUGAUCAGGAGCCAGGAAGAGCUUAACACCCUGCAAGGCAAGAUACAGAGCACAGAGGAUGCUCCCCUUCACUGCAAGAUGCCCUUCCGGGGGCUUCAGGCACGAGUGGCACAGAGGUACAUCCAGAACCCACUGCUGCUGAAUGGGAAGAAGUUUGACGUGCGCUCCUACCUGCUCAUCGCUUGUGCCGUGCCCUACAUGGUCUUCUUUGGCCAUGGCUAUGCUCGCCUCACCCUCAACCUCUACGACCCCCACUCCAGUGACCUUAGCAGCCAUUUGACCAACCAGUUCGUGCAGAAGCAGAAUCCCCUGUACAUGUUGCUGAAGGAGGACACCGUGUGGAGCAUGGACCAUCUCAACCGCUACAUCAACGACAAGUUCCAGAGGACCAAGGGCCUCCCCCAGGACUGGGUCUUUACCACCUUCACAAAGCGGAUGCAGCAGAUCAUGGCCCAUUGCUUCCUGGCAGUGAAGUCCAAGCUGGAGUGCAAGCUGGGUUACUUUGACCUCAUUGGCUGUGACUUCCUGAUCGAUGAGAACUUUCAGGUGUGGCUUUUAGAGAUGAACUCCAACCCUGCCCUGCACACCAACUGUGAGGUCCUGAAGAAGGUGAUCCCCGGUGUGGUCAUGGAGACUCUGGACUUGGCGCUCGAGACCUCCCAGAAGAGCCUUCGCGGCCAGAAGAUGCUGCCCCUGCGCUCACAGCGCCGCUUCGCACUCCUGCACAACGGGGAGGCAGACCCGCGCCUGCGCCUGCGCCCCCGGGCCCCCGGCUUACUGCCCAGCCCACAGGCGCCCCUCUCACACGCUUGUUUCCGCCCCCGGCCGCCAGGCGCCGCCUCCGGGGAGCCGCGCGCGGAGCGGCGGUGCGCGGGCCAUCGGGGCUCCUAGCGACAGUGUCUCCCGGACCAUAAAGACUAAUUUGUAAUAACGCGUCCUCCGCCGUGCCCCGGGCCCAGGCUUCACUGGCCCCUACGCAGACCUUAACAGGGCAAGAUGCUGGGAAGCAGAGCGGCUUCCGGGUCCCGGGCGCCCCACCCCGUGUCCUCGGCCUCUCGCCCCGUAGGCUUGGGGGGCCCUCUCGCUUGCGCCUCAGGGAGUGCCCCCCUGUCCAGCCUAUCAGACGCGACCUCUCUCCAGCCCAGGGUCCCUUUCCUGCGAACUUUGGUGGGAGUGGCCGCGCGAUCAGGACAGAAUGGUCCCUGGAAGGUUUGCUGAGCGGCCCCCCCCACCCCCGCACUUAGGACUUAGGACUUUCCCACGAGUGGCCCUGCACCCUCUUGCGCCUUGACUGCCCCUGCCCUGGCUCCCAGCUGCCCACCCCAGCGGCUGCGGGCCAAGCGGAAAAUUCCUCCUGCCUUGGCCACCCUUCCACUAGUCCCUGACACCAGACCCCAUCCACCCCACCUGGGAGGAGCUGGCAAACCCCAUCCUGCUGUUAGUUCUAGGAAGAAGUCAGGUUUGACAGGGUGGCCCCAUUUUCAGAAUGUGAGCACCUGGCACCAUGAGAGGGCGCCAUCCACCAUAGUGGCUGGUGCCACAAAGAGGGCAUGGACAAAGAGGGGACUGAGGUUCAGAGCCAAUGGUCCCAGUGCCCCUGGGUGGGCCAUGGGUACCCCCUACACAGCCUUUCGAGACACCCCUGUUGCCUGCCCAGUACCCCACUCAGGCAGGGAGGAGUACAGACCAUUCCCACCCCUGGGAUCAGGUUCAACACCCAAGGCUCCUGCCCAGCCAUGUCACCUCAGGGUCACCCUCAGUACCCUCUGCUUUUGCCACCCUGAGACCCUGGGCCUCUGUGCCACAUAGAACUUUACACUCUUUCAUGAUGCCACGCCCAGUCAUCCCCAGCACUUUCGACAUACCACAUGGGGCUGUGGCCCCCACUUCAGGGGCAUCAAGGUGUCACCAGAAGUGUCCAGGCUUUCCUUGCUGCUCUGGGGACAAAGCACCUCUGCAUCAAGAUGUGAUGAGAAAUGCCCCAUGGCAGUGGCCUACCCUGUGCUUAGAACCCACCCAGCCCAGUACCCCCAAAACCUGGACUGAGUCUGCUGCACCCACAUACCUGGCAGCCCCAGGAGCUAGCACAUCAAUAAAAGUUCAGGUGAUCCUCUCUGCUUA